AGGGAUUUUGGGAAAACGAGUUCAGUUUGUGGGACUAGUUCGUGCUCUAGUACUCUGGCUGCACGUCUUCAGCACCAGGCUGUGUUCCUGGGGACGAUUCUGCUUCAUUCCCAGGACUUUGGCUGUUGUUUCUGAAAGCUGUGUCCUGCUGCAUGAUGCCCCAACUCGGAUUCUUGCCCAGACGGGCUUGCGCUGCACUGCUCAGCCAGAUGCUGCGACCACCUCGCGCUGCGUGCCUCCCGGCGGUCUGUUGCCAUAGCCAGGUUGCAGAGGUAAUGUUAACGUCCCAACUGAAACCACAUCAAGAGAAACCAAAUUUUAUCAUCAAGACUCCAAAGGGCACCAGGGAUCUGAGUCCCCAGCAGAUGGUUGUGAGGGAGAAAAUUCUUGAUAUGGUUAUCAGUUGCUUUAAACGUCAUGGAGCACAGGGAUUGGAUACACCAGCAUUUGAGCUAAAAGAAACGCUCACUGAGAAAUAUAAUGAGCAGUCUGGGCUCAUCUAUGACCUGGAGGAUCAAGGUGGAGAGCUGUUGUCCCUUCGUUAUGACCUUACUGUCCCUUUUGCUCGUUAUCUGGCUAUGAAUAAACUGAAGAAGAUGAAACGCUACCAAGUUGGAAAGGUGUGGCGAAGGGAGAGUCCAACUAUCGUCCAAGGCCGCUAUAGGGAGUUCUACCAGUGUGAUUUUGAUAUUGCUGGUCAGUUUGACCCUAUGAUCCCUGAUGCAGAAUGUUUGAAGAUCAUGUGUGAAAUCCUCAGUGGGUUGCAGCUGGGAGACUUUCUCAUUAAGGUCAAUGACCGUCGGAUUGUAGAUGGGAUCUUUGCUGUCUGUGGUGUUCCUGAAAGCAAGUUCCGUACUAUCUGUGCUUCGAUGGACAAACUAGACAAGAUAUCUUGGAAAGAUGUGAGACAUGAAAUGGUGGCAAAGAAAGGCCUGGCUCCUGAGGUGGCUGAUCGAAUUGGGGACUAUGUCCAACAUCAUGGUGGUAUAUCUCUGGUAGAGCAGAUGCUCCAGGAUCCCAGACUAUCCCAAAGCGAGCAGGCCUUGGAGGGGUUAAAGUCCCUGAAGCUUCUUUUUGAAUACUUGACUUUAUUUAGAAUCACUGAGAAGAUUUCCUUUGACCUGAGUCUUGCUCGAGGCCUGGACUACUAUACAGGAGUAAUCUAUGAAGCAGUUUUGCUACAACCUCCAGCUGCUGGAGAAGAGCCCCUGCAUGUGGGCAGUGUGGCUGCUGGUGGGCGCUAUGAUGAGCUGGUGGCCAUGUUUAACCCUAAGGGCCAUAAGGUGCCAUGUGUAGGCCUGAGCAUUGGAGUAGAGCGAAUCUUCCACAUUGUGGAACAGAGGAUGAAGACUUUUGGUGAGAAAGUGCGUACUACAGAGACCCAGGUAUUUGUGGCCACACCCCAAAAGAACUUUCUCCAAGAACGGUUAAAGCUAAUUGCAGAGCUUUGGGAUGCUGGGAUCAAGGCAGAGAUGCUAUACAAGAAUGACCCCAAAUUAUUAACCCAACUGCAUUACUGUGAGAACACAGGCAUUCCCCUGGUGGUUAUUAUUGGUGAGCAAGAACAGCAGGAAGGGGUCAUCAAGCUCCGGUCAGUGGCCACCAGAGAGGAGGAGGUCAUUAAACGGGAACAUCUUGUGGCUGAAAUUCAGAGGCGAGUGUCUCAGCCUUGAUCCUAGCCUGAUUGCCAUCUGAUGCUCUUCGUACAAAAGUAUUUAUUUAGCAUUGAGUUCCUGAUGUACUUUAUAACAGCUGGCCAGCAUGAAUGACAAGUGCCUUCAGUUUCUUCUCUUCUUGAAUACUGAAGGACGUGGGGACUCCUGGACUAGUGUAAACACCUACUUUUCAUGGGGGCAGAUGGCAUGAAAGAGACAUGUUGUAGCUGAAGGGGCAUAUUGGAAGCACCACUGAAUGCCACCUAGAGGUGCUAAGAUUGUUGCUGUGAGCAAAACUCUGGAAGAGUCCUCUCCAGAUGGAAGAUACUGAACCCCUGAGAUCAGAAGCCAGAUUCUUAGCUUUCCAGAGUUGGAACCAGAGUCCGGGAAAUUUGUCAACAUCCAGCCUUUGGCUUGUCCAAGGAGUUUCGGGAGUACAGCAAAGAUGAACAGUGACAACUGUCUGCUUUGGGGACAGAAAUAUUGUACAAUUCCAGGGGCUUGGCAAUGCCUAUGUUUAUUUGGUCUCUGUUUAGUCCAUGCACUGAACAAUACUAGGGCAGGGCUGCUGUUUAACAGUCUGGACCACUGAACUUAAUAGGUGAUUUGGCAAGAUAGAGAUCUAGGAUUUUGAAGACUAUUUCCUGUUCUAGAAUUACUGUUCUAACUUUCCGUAUCUUGCCAUAAAUCCUUUUCUAGAAGUGGUUGGAUAAUAUGUUAAAUAAAAUGUUUACUAUAGUA